AUGAAGCUCCCGACGCUCGACACGCUGCGCAGCAUCCCGCCCGUCUUCAUCACGCUGGGCCUCGUCCUCGUCUCCAAGACAGUCGUCGACCCGGAGAACAUGGUGCACCUCUGGCUCGUGCGCGGGCUCUACGGGAUCGCCCAGCUUAGCUGCGUCCUCACUCUCUUCUACCUCUACCUCCAGGCUCGCAACAACCCCGAUCCGGCCAUGGUCGUCGUCAAGGAAGACCUUGGCUUUGGCAUGGAGGGCGAAAAGACCGAGAAGAUCACGGUCGGCCUCCAUGACCAGCGCGUGGCCUUGAAGGAGAUGCAGAAGAUCGUCUUGGGCCUCGCCGUCGCGUGCUUCCUGCACGUCAAGUGGGAGUUUAUCCCGCCGCUUGUCAUUGGCAUCUUUAGCGGCCCGCACGGCUUGUACAGCACGCCCAUCGUGCGCGUCUUGCUGCGUGGCGAGCGCGCGUGGGGCAAGCUUCAGCGUCCGUGGGCCGAGCCGGCGUCGGCGAUGGCGAGCCAGUGGGAGUCGUGGAACGAUACGAUCACGUCGGCGCUGACGGGCGAGCCGAUGCAGAAGAAGAGCAAGAAGGACAAGACGAGCAAGCGCAAGAACAAAUAG